AUGUGCUUCAACAAAGCAGAGACGCUGGUUAACUGCUCCUUUGGAACAUGUCAACGGAGGAAGCUCUUUCCUCACUUCCACCCCCCAAACUUGUUGGGGAACAAGUUUCUCCCUCUUAGGGGAGUGCCCCACAGAGGGCCUGGAUGUUACAUAGCAGAAGAUAGGUAUGGCUUGGCAUACAACCUCUCUAAGAUCCCGACCAGUACAAAAGGAUAUGCUUUGGGAGCCAGAACAGCCGUGAGGUUUAAGCCAAUCAGCAAGGAUAUGACACCUUACCCAGGCAUGUACCAAACAGUCGGUCCUCAGGAGCAAACACACAAACAAAAUUUUGCUCCAUUUAAUGCCUUGUUGCCUCGAUUUAGGACAUACUCUAAGGACACUUGUUAUCCUGGCCCUGACACAUAUAACCCAGAGACAAAGGCACCCAAAAAAGUCACCUGGCCAAUGAAAUUUGGAUCUCCAGACUGGGCCCAGGUUCCAUGUCUACAGAAAAGAACCCUGAAAGCUGAGCUGCCCACAGACAAAGACUUUAGAAAGCAUCGGAACCUUGUGGCCUACCUAAGCCUGUAUUACAACUGA